CUGGGAGGCGGGAGAGGGGCUGGGGUUCCUUAGCGCCGAUUCCGCGGGAAGGGCCCCGGGACCUCACACUGCUACUCGCGGGAGCGGCGCGGCUUACCCCGAGAGGCGCUGUACCUGGAGCCCGCGCCGCCGCCGUUCCCAGCCGGCUCUGCAGCGCGGGCGAGGGACACGGGACGGAUUCCGGAGCUGGACUGACCUUUUGAAAUACUUCAACCAUGACUAAGAGAGAAGCAGAAGAACUGAUAGAAAUUGAGAUCGAUGGGACUGAGAAACCUGAGUGCACAGAAGAAAGCAUUGUGGAACAGACCUAUACCCCAGCUGAAUGUGUAAGCCAGGCCAUUGACAUCAAUGAACCAAUAGGCAAUUUAAAGAAACUACUAGAACCAAGACUGCAGUGUUCUUUGGAUGCUCAUGAAAUUUGCCUGCAAGAUAUUCAGCUGGAUCCAGACCGAAGCUUGUUUGAUCAAGGAGUGAAAACAGAUGGGACUGUACAGCUUAGUGUACAGGUAAUUUCUUACCAAGGAAUUGAGCCAAAGUUAAACAUUCUUGAAAUUGUUAAGACUGCGGAAACAGUCGAAGUGGUCAUUGAUCCAGACGCCCACCAUGCAGAAGCAGAAGCGCAUCUCGUUGAAGAAGCCCAAGUGAUAACUCUUGAUGGCACCAAGCAUAUUACCACCAUUUCAGAUGAGACCUCGGAGCAAGUGACGAGAUGGGCUGCUGCACUGGAAGGCUACAGAAAAGAGCAGGAACGCCUUGGCAUCCCCUAUGAUCCUAUACAGUGGUCCACAGACCAAGUCCUGCAUUGGGUGGUUUGGGUAAUGAAGGAGUUCAGCAUGACUGAUAUAGACCUCACCACACUCAACAUUUCGGGAAGAGAAUUAUGUAGUCUCAACCAAGAAGAUUUUUUUCAGCGGGUCCCUCGGGGAGAAAUUCUCUGGAGUCAUCUGGAGCUUCUUCGAAAAUAUGUUUUGGCAAGCCAAGAACAACAGAUGAAUGAGAUAGUUACAAUUGACCAGCCUGUGCAAAUUAUUCCAGCAUCAGUGCCUUCCACUACACCGACUACGAUUAAAGUUAUAAACAGUAGUGCAAAGGCAGCUAAAGUACAGAGAUCCCCAAGGAUUUCAGGAGAAGAUAGAAGCUCACCGGGGAACAGAACAGAUUUAGGAAACAAUGGUCAGAUCCAGCUAUGGCAGUUUUUGCUAGAACUUCUUACUGACAAAGAUGCUCGAGACUGUAUUUCUUGGGUUGGUGAUGAAGGUGAAUUUAAGCUAAAUCAGCCUGAAUUGGUUGCGCAAAAAUGGGGACAACGUAAAAACAAGCCUACGAUGAACUAUGAAAAACUUAGCCGUGCAUUACGGUAUUAUUAUGAUGGGGACAUGAUUUGUAAAGUUCAAGGCAAGAGAUUUGUGUACAAAUUUGUUUGUGACUUGAAGACUCUUAUUGGAUACAGUGCAGCAGAACUGAACCGCUUGGUCACAGAAUGUGAACAGAAGAAACUUGCAAAGAUGCAGCUCCAUGGAAUCGCCCAGCCAGUCACAGCGGUGGCCCUGGCAGCUGCCUCUCUACAAACAGAAAAAGACAAUUGAGAUCUAGGACCUCCUGGGGAGUCUUAAGGUUUUUCUUAAAUAUUUAGAGCAAGCUUUGCUCUAACCUUUAUUACUGAAUUUGAAUCUUAUUUCUAGAGUGUACAAUCUGAUGCAUGAUUUUUUUAUAAAUAUUUCAUACUCUUGUGAAUUUGGAUCUUUUUACGUUGAGCAUAUAUUUUAGAAUAUGUUAAAGGAUCACCACGAUGCCUGCAGUGUGAGAGCAGGUCAAUCGGGGGUAGUUUGCUAACAGUCAGGAAAGCUAAACUGGUCAGUAUUAAUGUCUAGCCCUACCAAAAAAAUAGCCAGUAGCGUCUGAAGAUGAGAAAAGGAAGCAUUUCCAGGAAACAGCCUGGUGUAGCCACUGCUGGAGUGUAGCUGUUUCCUCUCCGCUGCUUUACAUAGAGCCUGAAAAAGGAAAUUCUCAGCUAAAGCAUGUGUGCCUGUUUCAUCUAAUCAAGCAGAGCUAAACAGUCAUAUCAAAUAAAAUUAUAUUGAUAAUUACUAAACUAUCAGGUUAUUAAUUCAUAUAUUUGCAAGUAAAAAGUAAGUUAACUGGCAGAAGAAAGUGUUGAAUGAGACCCAGGUUUAAAGCUGGCUUAACUCAAACCAUUGUUAAUGGUUUUCUGUAUAGAUUAUUCAUUAUGUCAAGCCAAGGACUUAAAUUAUUUUGAGAGAGGCAUUUAAUUCUAAUAAACUAGCUAUUGCAAAAAUUCCAAAAUGAUAUCAUUAUUUCUCUCAGAUUUUAAAAAGUAUACCUCAGUUAGAAAGAAAAAAAUUGGUUUAAUUUUGACUUCCUCUUUUUUAAAAAUUUAAUCUAUAGUACCAGAUUAUUAUGCAACACCAUUUAUAUAUUCCCUUCUGUGUUUCUGAUAAAAUGAAGACUUUAGAUCAGACAAAGUGUUUAACGUUUGAAGUAAGUUCCUUGUGAGUAGUUAUGAAAAGGUAUUUGACUGGGCUCUGUAGGCGAUUUUCUUUAAAUAAAGUUUCCCACUUGUUUCAUA